AUGGAUCGGCGCAAUGGCGGCACUAGUUUGGCGCCCCCAAGGCCCCCAAAAUCGUUGCCCCGCGUCCAUCGUCCCCGGGCCCCGGAACCGCACGCCACCACCGUCACCGUCGUCGCACCCGCGCCACACCCCACGCCGAUGAUCGGCAGCAUGAGCGGGGCCGGGGCAACGACCGGCACGGGGUCCGGCCACCUGCAGCGGUCCGCCCUGCCAGCAGCAUCGACAGGGGCGCCACCGCAGCUGUCACCGAAACCGAGACACCUGAUCGGUGGUAGCGUCAGCAACGGUAACGACAGCAGCAGCAGCGUCGCGUGUAAUAAUAUCAGCAGCAACGGCAACAAUAAUGCUAGUAAUAACAGCAGUAACAAUAAUAAUACUAUUUUUAUGAAUAAUAAUCCUCAUAAUCAUACGAGCGCGGUGGCCGCCGCCGCGGCGGGGCCAACCGGCGACAGUAGUUUUAACAGUGCUAGCCUAAUAAAUAGCAGUAGUAGAAGUAAUAGUAGCACUAGCAGCACUAGCAAUAGCACCAGCAGUAGCGCUAGCAGUAGGUGUAAUAAUAGUAAUCUAAAUCAUAAUAAUAAUAAUAAUAAUAAUAAUAAUAAUAAUAGCAGUAGUAGUAGUAGUGGCGGUAGCGGUAGCACUGGUGGCAACAAUGCCCGAAGCGGCAGUAGUCAACCUCAUCAGCAUCAUCAGCCCCAUCCGCACCAUCCCCAUCCGCAUCCGCAUCCGCACCAUCAUCAGCACAAUCAUCCGCACCAGCAGAGCAAUCGAAGCAUCGGCAGCAACUCGUCCACGUUGUCGUCGGUAUCGUCCAGCUCGUCGACGGUCGCGCUGCUGAGGCCGCACCAGAUCGCACCGCUCGUGCCGCUCCACACCCGAUCGGCGACACCGCCGCCGCCCCCGCUGCCACCACACCAGCGGCCCACGUCACCGGCCGGCAGUACCUUUGCCCGCCGCCGGCACACCCCGUCGGCCGGCAGCCCGCCGGCGCACCACCAUCCCCAUCUCGCAAGUAUUCCGCACGGGUCGGCCAGCGAUACCGGCGGUGCACCGCCGGUGCUGCUGCUGCCGGUCGAUCAACCGAUCGGACCGGCCGCCACCACGAACGCCUCCAACCCGACGACCCCGGUCACGUUGGCCGCACCGCGCCCGGAAGCGGAGCGGCUCGCGAACGAGUACGUCGACACGCCGUUCGGCCGCACCAGCGGGCCGACGGUCGGCGGUGGGCCCAACAUUCCAUCGGCCGGCGGACUGCUGUCGGGGUUGCAGCCGGGCACCGUCCCGCACCAGCAGCACCGCAACCUCUCCCUGCUGGUCGGGGGUGAUGCGGCGGUGCCGGUCAUAACGGGGCAGCCGCGGCCCGCGGCCGACCGGACGCGGUCCCCGCCGGGGAUCGGCAACAGUGACGCGAUACGGGUGGUGAAGAGUACGGAGGGGCGGCACGGGCUCACCGCGCCGACCGGCACCGUCGGUGGCGGGCCGCUCGGGAGCGCGAACAGUAUUGCGCGCGGAUCGACCAUCAUCACCAAACAGCCGGCGAAGAAGAAGGACGGCACGGACCGGCACGAGCUGCUGGAGCUGGAACUGCAGCACCACCACCACCACCACCAUCGGCACCACGGCCGGGCGGCGAUAGCGACGGUCGGUGGGGUAAGCCCCGGCGCGCUCGGUACCGCCGGUGUGAACGGUGCGGACGGGCUGAUCGGCAUCGGUUCGAUCACGUGCCCCCGGUGCCGGCGGUGCCGGUGCGAGGAGUGCCAAAAGCCCCGACCGCUCCCAUCGCACUGGCUCUGCGACAAGAGCUGCCUGUGCAGUGCGGAAACGAUCAUCGACUACGCGUCCUGUCUGUGCUGCGUGAAGGCGCUCUACUACCACUGCUCGAAGGAGCACGAGUUCGAGCGGGAGGUGGUCGGGCCGGACGGGACGAUCGAGACGGAAACCGUGUCCUGCGCGGACGAUCCCUGUUCCUGCGUGCCGCACAAGCGCACGACCCGCUGGGGCUGUCUCGGCGCGCUGUCGGUGGCCCUGCCCUGCCUGUGGUGUUACUGGCCGAUGCGCGGCUGCGUCGCGAUCUGUGCCCGCUGCUACGCCAAACAUUCCCGCCACGGUUGCCGCUGCACGCAGCACCCGGCUGCGCCCGGGGGAGCCAGCAACAGCGCGCCCGGUGGCAUACUCAACGGUUCAAUGUUUGGCACGGAGCUGCUCGGUGGGCCGGGCGGUGGCGUCGGUGCAUUAAACGCGGCCGGGCUGCACGAGCUGCGGGCGAAGGGCGACCCGGCGGAUGGCGAUGCGACGCUGCAGCAUCUGCACCACCAACUGCGGCAUCAUCUGCACCACCGGUCGGCGGAUGCGUCGUCGAACGAUCUGACCACGCCGGAGAAGCGACUGCUCGAUACCAGCACCGAUACCAGCUACUGA